AUGUGGCUCCUUCUGCUGCUGUGCUGGGCCGUGCUGGCCACCAGCAGCUUCUCCGUGGAGCCAGAGGUAGGUGAAGGCGGGGGCGCCUUUCGCCUGCCAGAAGUCACCCAUGAGACCUUCAUUGCCUACAAAGUCCUGGAGGUUUUCCCCAGAGGCCGCAGGGUGGUCAUAACGUGCCACUCACCCCAGGCACCCCCGCCCGUCACCUACUCCCUCUGGGGGGGCCAGGGCACUGAGGUUGCCAAGAAGGUGGUGAAGACCGCAGACCCGGCCUCCUUCAGCAUCAACGUCACACUCAAGUCCAGGCCAGACCUGCUCACGUACUCCUGCCAGGCGGCCUCCCCUGAGGGCGCGCACUCGGCCAGCACCAAGCUGCAGAUGUACUGGGAGCUGUGGACCAAGCCUGUGUCCCAGCUGCAAGCUAACUUCACCUUGCUGGACAGAGGGUCGGGCCCCAGGGUAGAGAUUUCCUGCCAGGUGUCCUCGGGUAGCCCACCCAUCACCUACAGCCUGGUCGGGAAGGAUGGGACCGUCCACACGCAGCAGAGGCCGAACUACGGUCAGCCGGCCAAGUUCACCUUCGCCCUUACCAACAAGUCCACCAGGCUCCAGUGCCAGGCUGAAAAUGACAUCAGUGUCCAGUUCAGCCCCUUCAAGCUGGUGCCCCCAGGACAGCUGCCCCAGGGAGCCGUCGUGGUGCUAGGGAGCAGCCUCAUCUCCAUUGCAGCUGUCACCUGUUGGUUGCUGGCCCAGGCCUGGUGGACCAGGUAG